UAGAAUUUUUUAGAAUUUUUUACGAUUUUUUUUCAUAUUUUUUUCCCCCAAAAAAACCUCAGCCGUUGGAUUAAUCCUCAGAAGCAGAUCGAAGGCGUUGGAGGCGACACGUGGCAGCGUACCGUUGGCGCUGGCGUCGCGUUGACGUCAGCGCGCGCUGGUUCAAAUUUUUUUACAGUUGGCGCGUAAAAAAAUUUGAAACGCGCUAGCUGACGUCAGCGUGACGCGAGUGCUGACGUCAGCAACCGCGUUUUGGACCUGGGGCUGGUUUCGCCUUCGGGCUGGCCCGAGUUGGUGGGUCCCACACCACCCCCGGGCCUAGGCGCAACGCUGGAACAAAUUUUUUUUUUUUUUCUACCCUCGCCUCGGGCUGGGCUGCAUUGGUGGAACAGCUCUAAAUAAACACCCGAGUUCGAUAUGAUCCGACCCAUUUCAGUUUCUGGACCAAAACGGGUCGUCGUAGUCUUUCUCAGUUCUUAACUUCUCACACAGAAGUCUGUAACAGGAAGAAGAGGAGCAAUGAGUGGAGAAGAAUUAGCGGGGCCCCCAGCGCCAAAGCUCCUUCGUCUGCUUUAUUUUGUCGGCGCUGGCUUUAUUUGCACUGUUGGAAUCAACAAAUGGCGUGAGCUUCAGCGCAAGUCCAUUUUACAACAGCGGCAGCAGCAGCAGCAACAGCUCCCUGAAAAUGCCGCAAAUGUCCUUGAGUGAUCUCCAGGGCGGUGAGAGUCAGUAGUUUUCUACUGUUAUGUCAUGGAUUUUGCAGCAUGCUCCCUUUCAACUAUCCUCGGAUGCUUAUGCAUAAUCAAUUGGAGGUUCUAACUUCUAACUUCACAUAAUGUAGCCAAAACCAUGAGGCAAUCACUUCACUGAGUUCUGCAACCUUCACUUAAUGCAGGUGAUAUGUAAUGCUAGUUUUCUUCAAAGUUUUCACUCAGUUUCUAAAUAAAUCUGUCCAAAUGAGUUUCGUGAUAACGGAGUUUGCAAAAAUUAAGGGAUGUCUACAACUGCUUUGAGAUAGUUCUGUCAAUAGUGAUUGUUUGAGUCUGACAGUCUGUUGGGUGCAUAUAGUUCUCUGUUGCAGCUAGAUAGCUGGAUGCAGUUUUUUAUUUGAAAGCCUUGAGGGACUUUUGGAGCUGAAGCUUUCAUGUUUGUUUUUGCCUUGAUACAUUCUUUUGUCGAACUAUAUCAACAAAGGUUAUUGAUUGGGCAGAAUCAUAUCUGAAUAUGUGGUCAGGAUUUAAGAUUUGACAUUUCAAACUAUUUUAAAGAACGUUUCAUAGCUUUUAGAUCAGCACAGGGAACAUCUCUUCAAACCAGAGAUUGGGUUCAGCCCUCAACAAAUUCUCUAGAAAACCUCCAACCAUAUAUAGGAAUACAACAGCGGGUGUGCAAAUAAUGUCUUUGACUUUGCCACGUGCAAGAGAUAAAUCGAGGUCAGACGAUUGCCAUGUUUGGAAAAACAAACAAUUGACCAGAGCAUGUGCGAGGCUGGGCAUCAGAAUGUUUUACAGUUUUGCCUGGUGGCUGGCUGCAUCAAUGAGACAAAACGCCGCAAAGGCAAGUGAACGAGUUCUUAUACAAAUCUUCCCAUGUUUUACAAGCUUCCUGUCAAUCAUUUUGAAGAUGGAUUGACACAGAAAUCUUUGUUCCCUUUAACAUUCUCACUACCCUUUGUCACUGAAAAUGUUAAAGGGAACAAAGAUUCCUGUGUCAAUCCCUCUUCAAUUAAGGAAAAUACUUGCCUAAUUCCCUAGAAGUAAAAACUCCUACUUUCCUGUCAAUCAUAUUUUGAUAUGUGUGUAAAGAUGUUUUGUGUUUUUGAUGAGUUAUUUUUGUGUAAGUGUCAAACUGUGAUCUGUAAAAAACAGGAAUGUCUUCUUCUAGAGAUGGAGCGA